UUUGAUAUUCUAAGGAUGUUUCUUCCCAACUGCAAUACUUUAAGGAUGUAGUUGACCUUUAAAACACACUUUAGGGAUGUUUUCGUCAAAAGCUCAGUCGAAAGUCUUUUGAAAUUUCCCGGUGGUCUUGCUACCGGCAGCGACUGUUCGGGUCAGCAAAAAUAGCGAAGAGAGCUGUAGAAUUUUCUUCUCAUUCUCUUGUUGGAUAACCUUCUGAUUAAGGAUUUCAGGUCUAAACUGUUGGAAUAGAAUAUAGAUGCGGAGCAUCAAGGAUAAAUUAUCAACAAGGUUAAUGAACGUUUGUGUAGCAUCUCUUUGUAAAGCCAAACAAUUGGAGAAAGCUGAAGUUGUUAUAGUUGAUGCCAAAAGAAUUGGAUUACAACCAGAUGUUGUCACUUACAACACAUUGAUUGCUGCAUAUUGCCGCUUUGUUGGCAUAGAUGCUGGUUAUUCCGUCCUUCAUAGAAUGAAAGAAGCUGGAAUUAAUCCUGAUGUUAUUACGUAUAAUUCUUUGAUUGCUGGAGCUACCAGAUAUUGCCUGUUAUCUCAAUGUCUUGAUCUGUUUGAUGAAAUGCUUGAGAUGAGUAUACUGCCUGAUAUUUGGAGUUACAACACAUUAAUGAAUUGUUUCUUUAAAUUGGGAAAGCCAGACGAAGCGUACAGGGUUUUUCAAGAUAUUCUUUUGAAAGAUAUUUCUGUUCCUUCAGCAACGUUCAAUAUUCUACUUAAUGGUCUGUGUAUGAAUGGAUAUACUGAGAAUGCCCUAAUGUUAUUUAGGAGUUUAAAGCGUCACGGAUUUAUUCCUCAGUUGAUAACUUACAACAUUCUUAUUCAUGGGUUGUGCAAGUCAGGACGAGGAAAAGCUGCAAGCAAGUUCCUCAACGAAUUGGUAGAAUCAGGUCAUAUCCCAAAUGCCAUCACUUAUACGACAGUAAUGAAAUGUUGCUUCAAAAAUAGACAAUUUGAAGAAGGCCUUAGAAUCUUCGCAGAGAUGAGAAAUAAAGGAUAUACGUAUGAUGCCUUUGCUUACUGUACAGUCGCAGGUAUGCUACUUAAAACUGGGAGGAUAACUGAGGCCAAUGAGUACCUGGGUUAUAUUAUUACGAGUGGCUUUAGCCUUGAUACAGCGUCUUUUAAUACCAUUAUUAAUCUAUAUUGUAAGGACGGUCAGCUGGAUAAUGCUUAUAAGUUGUUAUACGAGGCAGAAAAAGGAGGCUUGGAAUCUGACAAGUACACCCAUGCUAUCUUGAUUGAUGGCUUGUGCAGGACAGGUAAUUUCCAAGAGGCCCAACAACAGUUGAACCGUAUGAGUAUGACGGGCUUUGAUACUAAUUUGGUUGCGUGGAAUUCUUUUAUCAAUGGGUUGUGUAAAACUGGUCACUUGGAUUAUGCUAUGCAGACGUUUGAGUCAAUGGAUGCGAAAGAUUCUGUUACUUACUCUACCAUAGUCCGUGGUCUUUGCAAAGCUAGGAGGUUUCGUGCAGCAUCUAAGUUAUUACUAUCAUGUAUUAGAGGUGGCAUGAGUAUUCUAAAAACAGAUAAACGAAUUGUUAUUGAUGGUCUUCGUAGUUGUAGACUUAUGCAUGAAGCAAGGAAGGUCCAGUCUAAAAUUCAACUGGCUAAGCUUCUGCAUUAUUAAUAACGGAUGGUGCUCAACUUUGGCACUGAAGUUUUAACCUUAUUUAUUGGCUAAGGUUCUGCAUUAUAACGAUUGAAAAUUCUUAGGGAUAAUGGAACUGAGAAUACAACCUAUGUUAACCAGUUUUAAGUGGGUAGAAGUAUUCAAUCCUCUUGUAAGAGGCAAACCCAGUGGCGCACUGUCAAUUUGAGCAGACAAAUGAUAGCUUUUGGAGAUUCUCUUCCAGAUGCAGAUGGCUCAAGCAUAAAAUUGACCAGGAAAUGUUGUAGGAAGUCUUUGCUCAACUUACAAGACACAGUUGCUCUAUCUCCCAGGGAAGAACUUCCAACUGGAGCUGCACAACCUAGUAUGAGUUCAUAUAGGCAUACCGAGGUCAAUGCUACUCUCUGGCUAUCUUUCACAAUAUGUUAGUUUAUACAUUAAAGUUGAGCUGUGGAUUUUACUAUUCGAACCAUCAGACAACAUUCUUCAGCCUUCUUGCUGUAGAAGAAAUGUUGAAAAUUCAGGUUUGUCCCAACUGUUAGUUACUAUUGUUUUGAGUCCACGAUGUCUCUUCUCUUAUGUAACUAUCAUUUGGAUGGAUUAUUUUAGGUGACGGAGCAACUGACAUCUGUCCAGGUAUGUGCAUCUUCCAAGACCCGGUUUAGCCAGAAAGUUAGCAUGAACUUUUCUACUGUUGUGGAAAAUGAAAAAUUAUGAAUAUAAGCACUUCAUGAAUCAAGUGGAUCUUUUUUCAGUUUGACAUGGAUAAAGAAUGCAUCUAAAGAACCAGAAUUGGUGCACAGAUUUUUUGUCACUGGGGACUUUUGAGAGGGUGGCCCCUGGGUCGACGACGGAUACAAUCAUGUUCAGUCCAAAUAUGUGUCGACUUUUCUUUCGGAGGGUAUCUUCUGUUCUGAAGCUUAGACACUGACGUUAAACCCCUUCUAUUUGAUUUCUUGUAUAUGGUAUGUUCUCUCCUAACGUGGAUCUUCGAAACUCUAAUCAAUAAAAAAUCUGCUUUAUAAACUUGAAAGGGUGAUGAAUUUGAGGCAAAAAAUACUAAUAGUUGAUUUUUUCCAUUUGUUGAAGCCUUGGUGGACAGAGUUAUUCAGUAAAUGCGCAGGAGGUAGCAGUUUUUUGUGGAAUAAUCGAAGUGCGAGCAAGCUUGAUUCGGACACCACCCUCAUAAUAAAUCAAAAAAUGAAAGGUGACUCCUGCCUGCUGGUGGGAUGGUUUCUACUUUAGAUAUCACUUCUUGUGCUAGUGAAUUUAAAAGUUAAGGUUAAUGAGUGGUGAAUUGCAAAAGAAUGGGAUAGAUCAAUGAAGAAUGACAUCAGCUAUUGACCAAAGUGAAGAAAACGGUAGGAAAAAAGGUAGAGGGCCGGUCCAGGGCCGAGGAAAUGCAAAGGUAUUUUGGCAGAAUGCGGAAACAAGAGUCAUGUAAAUUAGUACUAGUAGUAGUUGCUCAUCUUGACAUAUCGACGUGCCACUGCUAUGGCUUUAGGUAUGGAAGGCGACUGAUUGUUCUGCCCAUUAUUAUUCUGCAUAUACAAUGAGGUGAUUGUGGUGGUCCAUUACUUUCCCUGUUCUCCUUUCGCCUUUUCCUGAAAUUUGCCUUUGCCUUCCCUUCUUUUCUUUCUCUUUUUCCUUUUCCUUUCUUUUUCAAAAUCUUUCUAUAUUUUAUCUUACUUUUAGCAGAUGUCUAUACCAAAUCAAUAAAUGUAAGACGUGCAUUUUUAUAUAUACAUUUAUCGUUUCACCGCA